AUGGCCGUCGCUGAGAAGGCCCGCUUCUAUUUGGAGCGCUCCGUUCCCCAAUUGCGCGAAUGGGAGGAAAAGGAAAUUUUCUCAAAGGAUGAGAUCCGCACAAUCGUCCAGAAGCGCAGCGACUUCGAGCAUCGCAUCCUGGCCCCCCGCUCCAAUCCCGAUGACUUCAGCGCCUACGCGAAAUGGGAGCAGUCCCUCGACACCCUCCGCUCCAAGCGCUGCAAGCGCAUGAAGAUCGGGCACGUCACCUCCCAGCACACGAGCCAGGCCCGCGUCCUCGCCAUCUACGAGCGCGCCGUCAGCAGACAUCCCGGCCGCAAGGAGCUCUGGCUCGAGUACCUCGCCUACACGGCCGACGUCAAGGCCACGAAGCGCUGGCGCCGCACCAUGGCCAGCGCCCUGCGCAUGAUGCCUACCGACGCCGACCUCUGGGUCUUUGCGGGCCGCCGGUCUGCGUCCAACGGCGACAUGGGUGGCGCAAGAGGCUACUUCAUGCGCGGAUGCCGCUUCUGCACGACCGAGGGCACGCUGUGGAUCGAGUACGCGCGGUGCGAGAUGGAGUGGCUGGCCAAGAUGGAGGCCAAGAAGGGAGGCAGCAAGAAGAAGGCCGAGCAGGAGAACCCCCUGGCUGGCGAGAAGAUGGAUGAUGAGGACGAGAUCAAGUCUCGUCCAUGA